UUCAGCCAACAGACGGUUUUUUGUUUUUAAAUGUUUACGUGUUCGAAAUAGAUGCCGGGCAGGACUGAAAUUGAAACACAGUGAUUUGAAAGAUAGAAUUUUUCGUACUAAUUUAGCCGAAGAUUUAAAAUGGAGACAUUUUACAGCUUGCCAUUUGCAAUAUUGGAGAUUCCUUGUUUGAAAUUAAAGCGUCCGUCAUGGUUUCAUAAACCGAGCGCUAUGGUUGUUUAUGCUUGUGUUCUUGUUUCUUAUUUUAUGGUUUGUGGUGGAGUAAUUUAUGAUGUAAUUGUGGAGCCACCAAGCAUCGGAUCUACUGUAGAUGAGUAUGGGCAUUCAAGACCUGUUGCUUUCAUGCCCUAUCGAGUCAAUGGCCAAUAUAUCAUGGAAGGUUUAGCAUCAAGUUUUCUCUUCACGUUAGGAGGCCUAGGAUUUGUAGUCCUUGAUCAUACGCAUAACCCCAACACUCCAAAACUAAACCGCAUUCUGCUUAUUUGCGUGGGUUUUAUUUGCAUUCUAGUUUCCUUCUUCACAUGUUGGGUAUUCAUGAGGAUGAAACUUCCGGGCUAUCUACAAUAAACUACAGCAAGAACAAUGAAGAAAGCUUAUUUUUCUACUUAGAAAAUACAUAAAAUAUCAUUGUGGUUUUAUGCUAAAGUCAUUCAAGAAGUGCUAAACAGGUAUUUCGAAAAAAAGUUGAAGAUUGAGGCUACACUAAAAGAAUAAAAGUUGAUUUGCAAAAUAAGAUUUUAUCAUUUUAAAAAAUUACAGUUCUCUUUCAUGUAUUUAUUAGAAAUGUUGCUUCUAUUUUAAGGAGAUUCAUAAAUGUUGCACUUUGGUGAAUUUAACAUAAUCCUCAUCAUUGAGAGGAGGGUGAAAUGCAACUUAUAAAUAAGUUUUUUUUAUUUACAGAACAAAUAUUGUGCAUUCAGAUGAUGUAUUGAAAUAUAAAUAAAUGAGUUUUAAAAAAUUGAAA